ACCCAUAACCUCCACCUCACCUUUAAUUACUCUCUCUCUCUCUCUCUCUCUCCUAUUCUUUUUCUCAACCUCUUAAAUAAAUCUCACACCCUCACAUACACACCCAGAUUUUUCUUUCUUUUACUCUCUCUCUCUCUCUCUCUCUCUCAUCCAUGGAGAGUCCUCAUUCUCCUUCUUCUUUCCCUUCCUCGCCUUCCUAUUCAUCCUCCUCAGAGGGCCAGAGCGCCGACGGCAUCUUCGACGCCGACGAGCCCCGCACGCCCCUCGCAGUCCGCCGGGCCCUCCAGCUCCUCUACUCCGGCGACCCUGAACUCCAGGUCCAGGCAGCCCGCGACAUCCGGAGGCUCACCAAGACCUCCCCCCGCUGCCGCCGACAGCUCUCUGAAGCUGUCGGUCCGCUCGUUUCCAUGCUCCGAGUCGACUCGUCCGAGUCACACGAACCCGCGCUCCUCGCCUUGCUCAACCUCGCCGUCAAGGAUGAAAAGAACAAAAUCAAUAUUGUAGAGGCUGGCGCAUUAGAACCCAUAAUCAGUUUCCUCAAGUCAGAAGAUCUAAAUCUGCAGGAAUCUGCAACUGCAUCUUUGCUCACACUCUCUGCCUCUUCAACAAACAAACCGAUCAUCAGCGCUAGCGGAGCCAUUCCUCUUCUUGUGGACAUCCUGAGAGAUGGAACCCCACAAGCCAAAGCUGAUGCAGUUAUGGCUCUCUCUAACUUAUCAACGUACCCCAAUAACCUCAGCAUCAUCCUCCAAACAAAUCCAAUCCCUUUCAUAGUGAACAUUCUCAAAACCUGCAAGAAAUCAUCAAAAACAGCUGAAAAAUGCUGUUCCUUGAUAGAAUCCUUGAUGGAGUACGACGAGGGAAGAAUCGCCCUGACAUUGGAAGAAGGCGGCGUGCUGGCAGUUGUGGAGGUUCUUGAGAGCGGGACACUCCAGAGCAGGGAGCACGCCGUUGGAGCGCUAUUGACAAUGUGCGAAAGCGACAGGUGUAAAUACAGGGAACCAAUCCUUAGAGAAGGCGUGAUCCCGGGACUUCUGGAGCUAACUGUUCAGGGGACUCCAAAGUCUCAGUCGAAGGCACGCACCCUUUUGCAGCUGCUAAGAGAGUCUCCUUACCCGAGAUCUGAAAUUCAGCCAGACACUCUUGAGAACAUAGUGUGCAACAUCAUUUCACAGAUUGAUGGGGAUGAUCAAUCAGGUAAAGCAAAGAAGAUGCUGGCUGAGAUGGUGCAAGUUAGCAUGGAACAGAGUUUAAGGCAUUUACAGCAAAGGGCUCUUGUAUGCACACCCACAAGUGAUCUUCCUAUUGCUUCAGAAGUUCCUUCAAAAUCAUAGUUUCUCUUUUUCUUUCCAUAGAGGGGGAAAAAUGAUAAUAAUACUUGAAAGUAAAGUAUGCCAGUCCAGGCCAUUUGUGUAGGUAUCUUGUGACUGGUGACUGUCAAUAAACCAAUGUUGUGAGAGGAUAAGGAGCAUGAUUUUGUAGUUGGUUUGUAAAGAAACUUUGUGUAUAAAAAUGAUACACUAGUAGUGGUAGUGCUAAAAA